CAAAAGUGUUAUGUUUUGAAAAUACCCAAGCCAAGUUGUUUUUUUCCAAUGUAAACAAAGGAAAAGUACAAUCAUAGUAACCUAACAAAAGCAUGUUUAUGCCGUACAAUUAAACGUGCCUGUACAGCUCGUUUGGUAAUGUCACUUAAUGGAUUGUUACUUUAUAUAUCCACGUGAGAUUCACGUGUCGUCCUGACGUAAUUAUUACAAAGUCACUUGACCUUUCAAGUCUAAUCAAUAUCAUUACUCGUGUCACUUCUUUUGCCAUUUGAAAACUUGUCUUGAAAUCCUGACAUAGUCGAAAUUCUACAAAGUGAAAAUAAAGAUAAAGUUAUUCAUAAAUAGAAGAAAUUAAUAAAAGUAAUAAUACAGAAUUGUGAAAAUGGCUGCAAAAUUUUGAAAAGUAUACUUUUGCAGAAGAAAAGAAAGAAAAGUAGAAAGUAUCAACAAUGCAAUUAAAACAGAUAAUUAUCUGUUUUAUAUUCGAAUGCAGAAUAUUUAUUGAAAGUUUAUAUUUGAGUACCAAUCAUUAUUGCAAUCAUAGUCAUUAUGGGAUAAUUUCAACACUAUAUCAAACAUUGAACAGUCUAGAUGUUCGAUAUGUUGUAAUUUUCCAUGAGAAUUAUCAAUUUCCCGAUUGUAUUGUAUCAAGAAUUAAUAGUUUAGGUAAAUAUGUUGAAUUCGCCAAUGAAGGUUACUGGAAUAAAGAUUGGGAGUCAAUGCCCGAUGAAUAUUUAUUUUUAGUAUGGACGAACGUAUCCCUAAUGGAAUCUAUUAUUAAAGAGGGAAGAAAACAAGGACUUUUCAGACCCUUGUUUAAAUGGAUUAUUAUCUUACCUACAACUUUUUCAAUUGAAACUGAUAUUGGAAAUUAUUUAACACAUUCAGACAGUGUUAUACUAUUUCAUAAUGAUUUAUUGAAAUCUUCAAAUGUUUUAAUAUAUAAAUGGUCUAAUUCAACUGUUGAAAAUAUUGGACAUUUUUCAAAUGGAAAAAUUAACCUUCAAAAGCAUAUUUUUCAAAAGUAUCCAAACUUUGAAGAUUAUCAAUUUUUUGUUGCUAUUGUACCUGUGGAUUUUAUACAAAUGAAGAAGACAAAAAUAAAAGAUCAAGUCUUUUAUGUUGGACUCUUUGUGAAAAUAUUGGAUUUGUUAGCGGAAAAGUUAAAAUUUAGAUAUAAAUUACUAGAACCAGAUAAUUUACAAUUUGGUAUAAUAGAGAAUGGAUCUUGGAAUGGAGCUAUUGGAAUGCUAGACAAUAAGAAAGCUGAUCUAGCUAUUGGACCCUAUAACGUUCUUGAACAGCGUCUGGAGGCAGUCGAUUUCAUGACGGCUGUUGGCAGUGAAACUCUUGCAAUAAUCAUGAAAAGACCCGAUCAUAAAGUUCUUUCAUCCUUCUUUAUUACUAAACCUUUAAAACCGGAAGUAUGGUAUUCCUAUUUAGCUUUUGUAAUCCUGGCGUUCGCUUUCAUAUAUUUAUACACGAAAUUGGAUGUUCAUGAAAAUAAUAUGAGGGUUUACUCUGAAUAUAGUGUGUUUAGAUUGUCCCUGUGGUAUGCUAUUUGCGCUAGCCUAAAUCAGGGAAGCGUGUUACCAAACUCAAAAAAUUCAUCAGUUAGAAUUCUUGUUGCAUUUGUAUGGAUAACAACAGUAGUAGUUAUUGCCAUCUAUACUGGAAAUCUUAUCGCAUUUUUGAGGUUUUUAUAUUUUCUUUCGUCAGCAAUAUUGAAAAAUAAAGCUUCCCCUUGUUAUUUAUUACUUAAUAGCGUUAGGAAGGCAAAAUUACCUGUGGAAACGCUAGAAGACGCGGUUACAAAUAGUGAAUUCCGUCUAGUAAUUCUUGGUAGUUCGGCUCAUGAAUUCUUAUUUAAGACUGCAAAGACUGGAGUAUUUCGAAAAGCUUGGGAAAAGAUUGAAAAAGAUCUUCCUUAUAGCAUAGUUUACAGCUUGAAAGAUGGACUUGAAAGAGCCAAAAAUCAGAAUACAGGCUUUGUUAAUGAAAGAUCGGUAAUGAACUUAGUUUCCCAUAUGGAUUGUGAUUAUGUAACUACUCCAGUUGAAAAUGACUUUCAUUCGCGUAGUAUUGCAUUCCCCGUUCAAAAACAUUGGCCUUAUUUAGAGACAUUUAACAAUGCACUACAAGAAGUAGUCAUUGAAGGGGGAUAUGUUGAAAAAUGGAAAACCGAUUUAAAUUUAACGGAGCCAGCGAAUUGUGAGAGUCAAGAAAGGAUAAGAGAAGCAGUUCAUUUCCAUGAAAUAAUUGGUGUACUUUAUCUUUUCUCAAUUGGAUUAACUAUAUCUGUUAUUGUAUUAUUUAUUGAAAAAACUUUCUAUCGAAUAAGAUAUCGAUUAUUUCGAAAUAAAGUGGGUGUUAAUUAACU